CUCACAGCUGCUGCCGCUGCUGCAAAGCAGAACCUAAGAGCUGUGUCUGAGCCUGGAGUGGGGGGAUAGGGGAACGAGCUGCGGAGGGGAGGACCUUGGAUAGAUGGUACAAUGGCCCGUUACCAUAGUGGUGGGGGGCAGGACUAUUUCACCAGGUCCGACAGCAGCGACUCGUCAGCCAGGAUGAUGCCUCCCGAGGAAGGAGGUUGCAAAGAACCGGAGAAGAACCCCCAGAGGGCAGGAGGGAGCGGGACAAAGGGGCUGUGGAUCGCCGGAGUGUUGGUUCCUGUCCUUUUGUUGCAGGGUGCCUGUACAGCCGGUCUCUUUUGGUAUUUCUCCCGGUCAAUAUCGGAGGCAAAAACCCAGGGCAUACUGGAAGAACUAAAAUGCCUUGAGAUCCUUAACAAUCUGAAUGGAGAUGAGGCGUUCAUUCCUAAAAAUCCAGAGGAAAUGAUCUACUGGGAAGCCUGCACAAAAUUGGCAGAGAACAUCAAGUCAUACAUCACCACGGAGGCAGAGGCUGUUGUUGGACAGCACGUGUUGAAAGCCAGGUUUGCAAGGAUGAAUGUAACAGAGACUCAAAUGUACCGUGAUCCAGGAAACAGACCUUCAGCUCAUCUCACUCUUCGAGAACCAGACCCCCAAGGACACAGCAGCCAUCAUCACCCUUAUUCACUGAGUGACCUGCAUCAGUCAUGCCGUCAUCCCAUUCGUUCCUGGGACAGAAGCAGCAUGUGGUCACACUUACAAAACCUGACGUACCAUGAUGGCAGGCUGAAGAUCCCAAAGGAAGGCAAAUACUUCAUCUACUCCCAGAUCUACUUCAGGUAUCCAGUCCAGCCUGGAGACAACUCGCAUGCCAGCACUCACCAGCUAGUGCAGUGUGUCCACAAGAAGACAUCCUACGUAAAGCCCAUUCUCCUGUUGAAGGGUGUAGGAACCAGGUGCUGGGCACCUAAUGCUGAGUAUGGCCUGCAUUCUGUGUACCAGGGAGGCCUCUUUGACCUAAAACCAGGAGAUGAAAUCUUUGUGACUGUCUCAUCACCAUCGUUGGUGUAUGCUAAUGAGGCCUCCAGCUAUUUUGGAGUUUUCAAGCUUGAAAUAUGAGUAACAGAACAAAUGCACUAACAUAAGUUUUAAAUGGCAAUGGUGCCAUUUAAUCUGUGGAUUUAGAAUUAAUAGGUGUGUUGGGGUUGACUUUUUACUGUUAUGACUAACAAUCAGAGGUAUUAAUAUGAAUGAAGCAACUUGCUACCUGUAUGAACGUUUAUCAAGGGGCCAAUAGCUGUCUCUAAGCAUUAAACAGAAAGUUGGAGGGAAUUGAACCUGGUCUGCCAAAUGUGCAGCUCCAUCUUGAAUAACAGCUGAUAGGGUAUGCCUUUUCUCAUAUUAUGUGGGAAUACAGGGCUGAAACACUUGUUUGCCUACUAGAAUUAUGUUAGUAAAGCUGAAAGUGCUGUGAUGUAAUAAGUUUUUCUUUUUUUUUAAUUAACCUACCGAUUGAAAGGGCUUCUGUACAUAAGGAAGAGGGAAAUAUUUCAACUCUCUUGCCAAAGGUGAGCAUGUAGUAAACAUUCAGGUUUUAGCCUGAAAUGGCUGAAACUGUUUUCUGUUUUUUUCUCCUUUGGCAUUGUGCCAUGGAAUGCAGCAGCUAGGCAGUUCUUAAGAAAUUAAAAUUUGAAACGAGAGGAACUGGUGCAUGUUAACAAAGAACAGCACUGCAGGUUACCUAGGCAACACAGGGCUUUCAGUUAAUUUAUAAUCUGAUUGACAAAUGGCAUGAUGACCUAUAUUUUAUUUCAUCUGAGCUGGAAAUGCAUCCCCAAUUUUGUUGUUGAAAGAUGGCUGUAUUAACUGUGAGGCUGUUCAAAGGAACCCUCACUCUAGCAGUGUUGCAUUUAGAAAGGGCAAGGACGGUAUGCUGGAGUAACUCCUACAAUGCUGGAUGGAACAGCUGUAUGCCAGUGUCUGAAAGUGAAACGGGGGGGUGCUUUUAGUAAGGGGUAAUUGCAAAUCAAGCUGCCUUAACAACUCAUACUGCAAGGUCUUUAGGAUUUUUUUGGGGGAGGGGUUGAAAAAAAUAAUUAUUUUAAUUACUCGUAAGUCAAAUAGUAUGCAAAUAAGUAAUGAAAGAGGUUAGCUUGGGUUAGUGAUAGAUGGUACCUGUAAUUGCCAUUUACUCACAAAAAAUGUAGCACUUUUUACUCCUGCACUUGGGAAUGUGCAUGUGAAUUUUUAUUGUAGCUUUUUUGUUAGUCAUUUUCACCCUCAGUUAUGUAAAUGAAUUUGUAACCACUGCCGUAGGAAGAGGUUUGAACAAAUAUUUUUAUAGGUUUUAUGAUGACUGUAAAUGUAUACCUUCCCUGUAGGGGAAAUUAAUUUCUUUUUUCCUGUGUAGGAAAUUGAUGUAGCAGUUUUGUCUUUUUGUGCAGAUCUUAAUGCUUUUUAGACUUUUUAUGCUGGAUUGCACCAGCGAUUGUAAAGCAAGGCUAAGAACUGGUGCUUCGUUAUUCCUUCUCUUUUCUGAGAUGCCUGCCUGCCUGCCUGUCUUGGCCGGUCUUUGCCAAAUGGAGAUGGAUUUGACUUUGUACACGUUAACACUUCAUAGUGAAUUACACCAAGACUAAACACUACAUAAAUAUGGCAUAAUGUAGUUACAGAACUGUGAGCAUGAAAAUCUCAUCAGGCCAACUCAGAGAUUAAGUAGACAGUAGUUUGUACACAGACUUCUCAUUGCUACAAGGAACAUUUUGAUGGAGUCAAUUUUAUAGGUUCAUUGUGAUAGAUGUUUUUUUCCCAAAAAUUAUCUGCCAGUAGUAGGCAAUAACACUUCAGAAAAUCAAGUAGCAUCAUGCUAAAACUGCCCAGAUUUUAUGUCACACAUAAACUCUUAUGUAUCCAGCAAAUUGCUUGAGAUGCUGUGAAAAGCUGAUCUUGGAACACAUAAAUAGUACCGAGUACCUGAAGCAAUGUAACAGCCUUAAAGCAAUAAACAUCUGUGAAGCAUGUUGUUGAGCAGGAAGUGGCAGCUGUUAAAAUAUAGGCUGCCUUGUUACAGAAUAUACCCGUGCUGUAUGGAUUGCAUUUAGUUCAGUGUAUUUAGGUUAGAAAUGUGUAGCUAGAUGUAGUAGUCCAGCUCAGUCUAAGGAAACAUUUUUAAUCAAUGUGAAACUAGAAGAAUGGCAUUUAAUAAUUUAAUUUUGUUUUGGACAGGUCACAGAAUAACAAUGCUGUUCAGUGGCAUAGCACAGCAUGCAAUGGACUUCAUUCUGAUCCAUUUUUAAUUAAGCAGGGUGAAAAAAGAUACUAACGCAACAAAAGUUUUUUAAAGUAAACAUUGUAGACCAAACACAACAGUUAACUGACUAUGAAUGCCCCAGGAGUCUAAGCAGCUGCAAAAUGAAGACACAUAUUCUGUUGGCAUUCGGGUACUAGUUAUUAAAAGUGUAAUUUGAAAUUGAGUGAGCAUGCAUUGGUCAUCUAGUCUGCCCGUUUAAUUUACCCAUUUUCAUCACCCUUUUAAAAAAAUCCUGAAGCCUGUCUCAUGCAUUCCCAAAUUCUAGUACUGAUUUUGACCACACCUCUCAACUGUCCAGAUUUUCACAGAAUGUCCAGAUUUUUUGCCUCAUAUUUUUGGUCUGUUCCUCAUAAAAUUUGUGGUUUUAUGGCAAAUCACUGGGAUGUUCUAAGGACUGAAGUCACCAAAUAAUGAUACAGAUUUGAGUUUUAGACUCCAAAUCCUUCAGAAAAUGUAUGUUAAAACAAACCUGUUUUAACAACACGGUACUUUUCUGUUAACCCCCUACCAGUCUGCGCUGCUGUUUUUGCAGUUUUUUUCAGUAACACUGGCUUCUUCUGAUACAUUUGCUACGGUUGUUGGGACACCGAACAAGAAGGAUUUUGCAUAAAUUGAGAGACAACUCAAAAGAGACAAAAGGGAUGCUCGCCGACAGCUAAAGUUACUUCUGCUAGGUGAGUGAUCGACAAGUGUGCAUAGUACUGCAUAUGACAUCAUAUAACUGAGUAUGUUGUUCACGUAUGUGUAUUACUGCAGGCACUACAUGUCAAAGUCUUUUAACGACUGAUAAUGUUUCAAGAAAGUGAGCUAGGUAAAGGUCAGUCGUGUAUUGAUUGUCAGCCCCUGUGUAAUGUCAUGGAUUAGCUGCAGUCCCGAAACAUGGCGAGGACACCUGCAUCUGUGUCGAAAUGUCACCCCCCCCCUUCCUUCCUCUGUCUCCUGUUGUUUUCUCCAGUGAAAGAAAGCCCAUGUUGCUCAGUCAAAUCUUUUGGACACAAUGCACUUUGUUUUAGUAGCUCUUUCAGCUGUAGUUGUGGAACUGUUAUAGGAAAUCAGUGUUAAUAUUUGCUGUUGGUCCUUUACCUGCAUACAACAAGGUUUGUACAGGUUUUCCCCACCUGAAUGAAGUGACAUUGUGUAGAACGACUGCUUCACUGGUCUAUGUUGUUAUCUAUUGUUGAGGAAUGUUUCUAUUUUCAGGCAUAUCUCUUUUCCUUUUAACACAAGAAAUUGAAAAUAUCGGUCUUGGCAAUGCUCACAGUCCCCAGUUUAUUCAGCCAUCACAUGUAAAUGAAAGGAGUUGUUCUGCACAUUAUAAAACCUGCGAUCAUGCAGCACCAGACAAGACAUUUGUGUCUGCAGUACUGCCUGCCUGCCAAAUCAAAUAAAAAGAAAAACUUAACCUUACCUAAUGAAAAUGAAUCUUUUCACAUCACAUUUGUCAGUCCUGCAUAAAUGAUAAAGUAGCACUGAAACACAGCAGCGUGAAGACCUGGUAGGGGUUUAAUGGAAAAGUACCAACAACUCUAGCAACUUUCUAAGUUUAUAAGAGCAAUAUUUAAAAUCUGUCCCUAUUUUGGGGUCUUUGCCCCCCCAUCCCAUUUUGUCAAUCCUUGUCCUGAUUUAUUGCACUAAGAGGUUGAGAGCUAUCAUUUCGACCCUGCUACCGUUUCAGGAAGUUUGUUUUUUUACCACCAUUCACUUAAAAUAGUACUUCCUUUUGUCUCUCCUGAGCAUCCACUUGGAGUACAUGUGUUUCAGUAAGGUACUUAAAGGUUUCAGUCAUUGUUUUAAUAACUUCUAAACUAUGAAGAUGAAAGGUGUAUUCUUAGAGAGAAUUAGUUGAAAAGCCAGAGAUCAGAAUGUCAGUGACUAACAUUGUAAACUGGACAGAACAAACCUAAAUUGCAUAAGUAUCACAAAGACAGUAAACAAAAGAGAAAAUAACUGAUUCUCUGAAUAAGCCGUAUUAUGGUGUUAACAUAUAUAAUUACUAAGAUUCAGGGUGGGAAUUCAGGGAUGUACCUACCUAAAUACUAUUCUAACACCAUUAUAUGAGGAGUUCACAGUAGUAACUGUAUUUCCGUAUUUUCAUUUGCUAUCUUUUUAACAAGUUUUGUGCUGCUGAAGGUUUGAUUUUUGUUCAUUUGGAGUGAGAACACCGUUGUUUGACAUUUCAGUCUGCAGUACUGCAUAGUGAAAACAUAAUGCUCUCAUUCACAAAAUGAAACAAACUUUAUUAAGUCUUGCCUGGACAACUACUUAGCUACACUACCUUUAGAAAAUAACAUACAUUAGGGUCUUACUGUUCUGCUCUUUAUGUAAGUAAUGAUUUAUGAAGACCUAUGCCAUGCACAGGUUACUCUAAAUGGGUUGUUAGUACGUUUGCAAAUCAUUUCAGUCAGUUAACAAUUGUCACAGAGGAGUAAGACUAUGAGCUGUUAAUGGGCUACUUCCUAUUGCACAGGGUUUGAUUACCCCAGCCUUCAUUUGCCUACUGUGUAACCUUGAGGAAGUCACUUAACCAGACAGUGCUUUGGGACAACUGGAAAUUUGGCCUUGGCCCAUUAAUGGUCUCCUGGACUGCUUGCCUAGCAGCUAUCAAUGAAUAAAAUCACCUUACUGCAGCAUGCCAGAUACAGUGCUACCAUUAUUGUGAAUUACAUCACAUGACAAAGACAGUGUGUCAGCAGCCCACUCCUAAAAGCUGUGUCUAGCAGUGGUACUAGGAAAACAUUUUCAGGCUCUCCCAUUAUCAUGUCUGAAACAUGAAACUUAUUUUUCUAUUGCUUGUAUUUCUACAGACUGAGGUUCUAAGUAACAGCAAACAGGGCUGCUCCUGGCAUUAGUAAGCAUUCAGGAUCUGUCGCGCUCUCUUUUACUCCUGACAACUGUAACAUGUAAACAAUACCAGAUGAAUCAAAAUUUUGUGAUCUGUCUAGACUCUGUAAUAAUGCCAUUAACCUGUUCAUUUUGUCCAGUGUAGUGGAGCCAAUCAGUUCCCCAAUGCUGUCUGCUACAUAGAAUAUUGUCUUCUAGGUGAAUUUGUGUCUUAUUUUCUGCUUGUUCUUAAAUUGGACCUAUCACCUUUUCCAGUUUUAUUAUUUCUCUUUUUUAUGUGUGCGUGUUUUGUGUACGUUUACAAUGUAUACUGGACAAGUACAACACUGGUUCUGUUAUGUAAUGUCUUAUGUUAUAUUUAUUUUGACAUGUCUCGAUUUUGUCAGUUACAGCAAUAACAUACCCUGCUUAAUUUGCCAAACUGUGGAUCAAUCCUGUGAAUGUCUUAUCCUUGUAGUGGACUGUUGCCCUUUAUGUGGGCCAGUAUCAGAACUCCACAUGAUACCCCAGACACAGCAUGAGUGCUGGUCCAUUUUGGGAAGGCUGCCUGUUUCUGAUGAAGGUUCCACUGCUGUGUAUCCAAACAAGUUUUGGUACUGCAUUGCUUAUAAACAAACAAAUGAUGAUGUUGUGGGUGAGGUCAUUUAGAAUUAACUAUACAAAUUGAUGGACUUGUAAUUUUAACUGGAACAUUCCAAAUGCACAGCUAGCCACAGCUGUCCGCUGCAGGUGCAACAUUACCAAGGGCAUGUUUUUCUGCUCGUGGCUGUUGGGAACCAUCCUCACAGGCAAGCCAUGGCUGCUGAGUAAACCCAACAUUACCCAGGGGUGAAGUGAGAGUAUAAAAUAAUCAUGCACAAAAUGUUACGACUUUUAACUAUGCAUUUAGUAAAUGGAGAUGCAUACAGAAUGGGAUAUAACAGUGUAUUAUUAAACCACAAUAAUUUUUACAACAUUUUUGAACAAAUGCAUGCAGACAGAUGUAUGGAAAUGACAUUGGAAAGUUUACUGCAGCACAGUGCUUAGAAACUAGGACUUUACCCUUUGGUUUUUGUGACAGUAUAGCAUUACAGGUGAAGGUUAUCAUGCCUUUGCAGGCUAUUCUACACAGUUUAAACUAGGGAAUUAUUGAACAUAUUUCCAUUAGAAGCAGGAACUUUAACCUUUGCAUUUUAUCUUCAUUUGAAGCACUGUUGUAUUAUUCUUUAAUGUCAGUCAUCAUGGUUACAGUGAUUUCACUACCUUGGCAUUUCCAGCAUCGGUUUUGUGUUUUAUUAUAGCACUGUAGAAGGAAAAAAUAAUCACUUUAAACUUACAGAUGGUUAUAGUGUAAUGUGGAAAAUUGCUGUGAAAACAGAUUAAAUUGUACCUUUUUUCAUUACCAAGAAAAUAACUUUCUUCUGGGAUACAUAAUUAUUCAGGUUCCACCUCAGUAAACAGUUUAAUUUGGUUUACACAUAAGUUAUUAAAAAUAUCAUUAACAACUGCAGGUUGUUUCUUCUAAGGCAGAUUCAGAGUCACAUUUUGGUAAAAUGAAUUGAACAAAUGUAGUUUUCUCAAUGGAACACCAUUUUAUAAAAUAUGUAGCGUUUUUUCAGCUGGCACAGUUACAACGUGUGUGUGUGUGUGUGUGUGUGUGUGUGUGUGUGUGUGUGUGUGUGUGUGUGUGUGUGUGUGUGUGUUGGGGGUUGGGGGUUGGGGUUAACCUCUGCACUACCCUGACUUGUACCUUUUGUAAUCAAAUCCAAGACUGCUACAUUUAAAGAGAAAGGACAGUUGCCCUGAUAUAGCAGUUUUGUAAUGAGGAUACUGCCAGACAUUACACACAAAUGAAAAUUAUGUUUUCUUACAGGAUACACAAAAAUACAUUUUCCCACCCUUGAGGUAUACUGUUCACUGAAUGUGUUUUUUAUAAAAUCUCCUUUGUUGAAGUGAAACUCGGUGAAUCUUAACUUUAGAUAAAUAUACAACUGCUACUUGUAAAAUAUAAAUCCAACAAAAGAUAAGUUAAAUAUAGAGUGUGUGCAUUGUUUGUAAAGGUGUACACUUUGCUGCGUCAUAAAGUAAAUUUUUUCAACAAACACGUACCCCAGACUGUCAUCCUGGUAGGUAUUCAGAAGACAAUUCUGAAGCUGCAGUUCAGUUUUCAAAAGAACUAAUGACUGCUGUGUGUCUAAUGAGGACAACAAAUGCACUGUGCUCAGUGCCUGCAUAAUCAGAACUUCACUUUAAGAACUCAGUUGAGUUCCACCCCUGCCUAUGAUGUCAAAUGUGAUUUUUCUGACAUCACAAGGUUUAUUAACAAAAUUAUUACACUCGUACAUUAGAAUCCCCCCUGAAAAAGGACAUGAUGGCAUGAGAUUUUAUACUAACAUUCCCAGGUGCUAACAAGUGGAUGUAACUUUUCUUGCUUCAGUCUUAGAGUCACAUUCUACCCCAUCCCCUCCGCAACACUUACACAUGUAUUUUAGAUUUUGUUAAAAUUAUGCAGCAUUCUUAUUUAUAAAAAAAAAUAGAUAAUUAGCUUUGAAGUAUAAUAAUAUGGCAUUUUUGUAAGAAAAAAAUCUGAAGUAAAUUUUAUCAGUAUACACAGAUAAAAAUGUAACCAUCCAGGUUCAGUAUUUGGACAGUUACCCAGUGAAAAGUUUUUUUCAGGUAUAAGUAGUCUGUAGUACGAGUAAUUUGGACAUAUGAGAUGAUAACCUGUUUUCGCAAAAUUGGAGAGUUCUGAGCUGUCUGUCAACCACUGUGACUAAAUGUUGCUAGCCUGGAACCUGGACAAGAGAAAAUUCACAAUCUCUUGUUUAGGUUGCAAAAUGUUUUUGGUGGUACAGACAUGGCACUGAUUACACAGAGAUGGAGACCAUAUGGAUAUAUGACAGACAAUGUCAGCUGUAAAAAUGUUUGCAUUCAUGUCGGUUGGCUAGUCUUCUAAUAAUGUCAUCAGGUGUCAUCUAGUAUGUUUCCAUGUAUAUACUGUAUGUAAAAUGUGCACAUCUGUGUUCUUCAUACUUUUUAUAUAAAUCAUUCUGUUUUUAAGUCUGUUAAUGGGAAGAACAGCCAAGGUUACGACUGCCUUGACAUGUGUGGUUGGUGUCAGCACUCCUUCUGUUGACAGUCAUCAGGCCCCAACAGUGAGGUACACAGUAGGAAUCAUGGGGAAUGGGCGUAACGCAGAUUCCUACAACAGUUUUUGUGAUACUUCAUUUAAUUAGUGAAUAUUUUCAUUCUCCAACAGCAGUCAAGGUGUAGCAGCAAAUAAACAGAGAGGCAGAGUGUGUGUGUGUGUGUGACCUGCUGCAUCUUUUUCUUUUGUUUAGAUUACAUGCCUGGUAGCCAAUACCCAACAGUUGUCACUGUAUUAUUAAAUAAAUCACUAUUCACUGAUUAAGUAAGAUCACUGGACACUUAUUCCCUUUUCUAAGGCAUCUGGGUGUAAUGCAUGUGUAAGUGACUUGCUCAGAGUCACACAGUAGGCAAAUAGAGCCCACAAGGCUCAAACGCAGGACUGCUGUAUAGUUUAGGUCUGUCAGUUCAUUGUCUUAAACUUCUAUAACGUUGCUUCUCCUUAGCUACAACAGUUCAGUUGUUUCCACGAUCAUCAUCUGUGGUGUCACAGUGACAACCUGGUCAUGGAGUUAAGUGCAUUACUGUUACUUAGUUUCAAGUGAUUUUGCUUUAAAAUUGGGCUGGCUUUCCUAAUCCCGUAGUUACAUAUCUGUUUCUGUGCACAUCGUGGCAACAUUGCCUUCCAAAGUAACACGAUACAAGGAAGGCUGUAGUUUGUGGUUUGGACAUUAUAUUUUUAUCUUGGUCUGGUUUGUGUGGAAUGCAUGUUUUUAUAGCAGUAUGUCUUGACUUGACGGAAGAUUCAGAGUGGCACAAUAAAGAACAGUAAGUUUGUCGCACACUAAAAGUUGUUCACACGGCUUAGACAAAACAGAAGUGUGUCAGCAUUUUGCUAAUAAAGGGCUAUAUGAUAAGUAAAAUGAAGAAUACAAUUCAGAACAAGGGCCCAACCAAAAACAAAGUACUUGCCGGCAGAGUGACAUCCUUAUUCUGAUAACAAAAAGAUGAACAAACGUCAAUCUGAGAAGAAAAAGACUACGUCUGAGACGUAAAUACAGUAUUUUUGUACAUAUUGUGCUUUAGGUGGUUGUGUUAAACUGCAUAAUCUUGUGGCUUUGUAAACUAGAAGGUUUAUUAAUUAUGGUUUGUAAGCAAUCUCAGAAAUUUGUUUUAAUAAUGUAGCAUACAUUCUAAAAGAGAUGUGUUAAUGUUACUGUAACGCAGUGAAAAUUCUAUCGGGCUUUGUUAUGAACCCUACUAAUGUGCAUCUAGUGUUUAUGUAAUUACAAUGUAACAUAGUUCUUAAAGUACUUAAUUAUAGUUUAACAUCUGGAAUCUCUAAAGCACUUUUUCUAUGAAAGUAUGGUCUUGAGUUUUGACUUUUGGGAAUCAGCAAUGUUCUUUGUAGUAACUAGUGGCCUAGAAGGCCCCACUCCAGUGACCUGGAAGUGGAUUCAAUACUUCUGGUUGGUGGCACUGCAGUUUGUUUGCCAGAGGCUGCUAAAGAAAAACAAGAGAGAUGACUGUGUGCCAUUUUUUGCAUUUAGCGUCUACAUUAUGAUUUAUUCAGGUCUAUAGCAGAUUAUCAAACUCUUAAAAGUUCGAACGCCAUAUGGUCAACACCAUAUGUUAAAACUCUUAAAAGUU